AUGGAGCAGCCGAAGGUGCCCCCGCAGAACGCCGCCGCCGGGGACAAGAACAAACGCCGCGACGACAUGCACAAGGCCACCGGGGACGUGAUGACCCACUCGUUCGGGGAGGUGUACUCGACGCAGUCGGACUGGGAGGGGUUCGGCGGCGUGUACGGCAGGAACGACCCCGUGGAGCACCCCGGCACCGAGAUCCAUCCUAGCCACCCCGACUACGAGUACGACACGCCGCAGGGUUCGGAGGUGAAGGAGAAGGAGAAGGCGCGCCACCACAAGGACGAAAAGCAUGCCACCGCCUAG